CGAGGCCCCGCCCGCUGACGUCCGGAUUUGCAUGAGUUCUUGUGCAGCCGCGGCCCGGGCUCAGUUGUCUCAGCGAGCGCGAGCCGGGAGCCGGGGCGGGCGCGGGCAGCGGCGGGCGGCCGGGCUGUGCAGGACGAGCGGCGGCAGCGGCGGCGGCGGCGGCGGCGCGGGCGGCAGGGGCUCCUCGGCCGGGCCGGCAGCGGGGCGCCGGCGGGAGCCAGCAGCGUCUGCAGCCGCGCCGGCCGCCCGCGCCCCGGCGCGCUCCGGUUCGGCCAUGGAGCUGCCAGCUGUUGGCGAGCACGUCUUCGCGGUGGAGAGCAUCGAGAAGAAGCGGAUCCGCAAGGGCAGAGUGGAGUAUCUGGUGAAAUGGAGAGGCUGGUCCCCCAAAUAUAACACGUGGGAACCCGAGGAGAACAUCCUGGAUCCCCGGCUGCUGAUCGCCUUCCAGAACAGGGAACGGCAGGAGCAGCUGAUGGGAUACCGGAAGAGAGGGCCGAAGCCCAAACCACUGGUGGUACAGGUACCUACCUUUGCCCGUCGUUCCAAUGUGCUGACCGGACUCCAGGACUCCUCGGCUGACAACCGCGCCAAACUGGAGCUGGGCGGUCAGGGCAAGGGCCAGGGGCACCAAUACGAGCUCAACAGCAAGAAGCACCACCAGUACCAGCCGCACAGCAAGGAGCGGGCGGGCAAGCCUCCACCACCAGGCAAGAGCGGUAAAUACUACUACCAGCUCAACAGCAAAAAGCACCACCCCUACCAGCCGGACCCCAAAAUGUAUGACCUGCAGUACCAGGGCGGCCACAAGGAGGCGCCCAGCCCCACCUGCCCGGACCUAGGCUCCAAGAGCCACCCGCCCGAUAAGUGGCCCCACGGCGGGGGGGCCAAGGGCUACCUGGGAGCCGUGAAGCCCCUGGCCGGUACGGCCGGGGCUCCAGGCAAGGGCUCCGAGAAGGGUCCCCCCAACGGGAUGACGCCGGCCCCCAAGGAGGCAGUGACGGGCAACGGGAUUGGGGGAAAGAUGAAGAUCGUCAAAAACAAGAACAAGAACGGCCGCAUCGUGAUCGUGAUGAGCAAGUACAUGGAGAACGGCAUGCAGGCGGUGAAGAUCAAGUCCGGGGAGGCAGCCGAGGGCGAGGCGCGCUCCCCCAGCCACAAGAAACGGGCUGCUGAGGAGCGUCACCCCCCAGCAGACAGGACUUUCAAAAAGGCCGCGGGGGCGGAGGAGAAGAAGGCGGAAACGCCCUCCAAGAGGAGGGAGGAGGAGGCGCCGGGGACCGGGGACCCGCAGUCCCAAGAGGCUGGCUCCCGCAAGCUCUCCCCGACCAAGGAGGCCUUCGGCGAGCAGCCUCUGCAACUCACUACCAAGCCCGACCUGCUGGCCUGGGACCCGGCUCGCAGCACACACCCGCCCUCCCACCAUCACCACCACCACCACCACCACCACCAUCACCACGCCGUCGACCUAAAUCUCUCCCAUGCGCGCAAGCGCUGCCUCUCCGAGACCCACGGCGAGCGAGAGCCCUGCAAGAAGCGUCUGACGGCGCGCAGCAUCAGCACGCCCACCUGCCUGGGGGGCAGCCCCUCCGCGGAGCGCCCUGCGGACGUGCCCCCCGCUGCCGCCCUCCCGCAACCGGAGGUCAUCCUGCUGGACUCGGACCUAGACGAACCCAUAGACUUGCGCUGCGUCAAGACGCGCAGCGAGGCCGGGGAGCCGCCCAGCGCCCUGCAGGUGAAGCCCGAGGCGCCCGCGACCGCGGCAGUGGCUGCUGCGCCGGCAACAGCGGCCGAGAAGCCCCCGACCGAGGCCCACGAAGAACCCGAGGAGCCACUGAGCGAGUUCAAGCCCUUCUUUGGGAAUAUAAUUAUCACUGACGUCACCGCGAACUGCCUCACCGUCACGUUCAAGGAGUACGUGACCGUGUAGCCGAAGGGCGUCGGAAGAGGAAGCGCUUCACCCUCUGGGACUUAACACCUGGGGCCUGGGGGCGGACUUCUCUGCAACUGCGGGAGCUCCCGGCCCGGCCCCAGCGCGAAAACGGCCGAAGCCGCAGCAACCGCGUCCCUCUGCCGGGUCUUGGCUGGAGCGCCCGGCCCACACUGGCACCUUCCACGCCGUGCCUGCGGGUCUCGUCCUCAUCUGCCGCACCCCCUCCUCUCGUGGACCUCCGGGACUGACAGGGCAGCCACUCGCGGCGGUCUAAGAGUUAUAGUAUUAUAUUUUAACCGUGCUAACUUGUCAAGUGCAGACUUUACUCCCGUUUGUACGUGGUGUUAUAUUGAAAUGUAUUGUUUGAGCUCAAAAGGCCCACCACCCCCUUCGGGCUGAUAUAUAUAUAUUUAUUUGUAGGUAUUUAUAUAUUGAAAUAUAAAAGCCUAGAUUUAUGGAGUUUCCUCUAGAUCAUGUUAUAUUCUAUAUCAGACGAACUAUUUUCUGUUGGCCUUUCUACCCGUUCAUUCAGUAUUUCGGUUGAUUUCAUUUCCUCCCCUUCCAGGAACUGCAAUACCAGUAACCUUGGUAUAUAUUUUUUGAUACUGUACACAUGGAUGUGUUGUUUCUAUGUGCAAAACAACAAAAAAAAGUUUGUUAAAAGGCUAAACGAGCUCUCUAGAAACUGCUGCUACUAGAAAUGUCUAAACUAUAAGCUUCCAAUUAUUACCUGCUUGAAUGUAAAUAUUAAAUGGAGAUGUUGAAGGUGCA